AUGUUUGCUUUCGCAAUCUUAGCUUCAUCUAAGAUCAUUCACACCCCUGAUAUUUACAGGCCAGGUCCAUUAUUCCCAAGACCAGGCCCAUGCUUCCCAAGACCAGUUCCAACAUUCCCAAGACCAGUUCUUAUGAAUGCUGAACAAGAAGAAGACCCAGAGAACAUUGGCCCAGUUGUUGCUUGGCUUGCUGAACAGGCCGCAUAUGCUGCCGCUUGGGAAAUUGGAAAGUGGAUUGGUGGCAAGCUUCGUCACCAGGAUGCUGAAUCUAACUACAUCGACCCACGCUUUUUGUUAAAUGCCGACGAAGAAGUCGACCCAGAAAAUGUUUGGCCAAUCGUUAUUGCUAUUGCAAAGGAAGUUGCUAUUUCUGCUGCUACAGAAGCUGCUAUUGCCGCUGGCAAGUGGGGAUGGCAUAAGGUCUUCGGCCAAGAAGCUGAAUCCAACGCUUUCUUGCCACAUAUUCCAAUCCGUAUUCCAGAUCCACGCAUCCCAUUCCCAUUCCCACGCCCAUUCCCAUUACCACGCCCAUUCCCAUUCCCACGCCCAUUCCCAUUCCCACGCCCAAUCCAUCGCGCAAACGCUGAAGAGGAAGAAGAUGAAUCCAACCCAUGGGGCCCAGUUAUCAAAGAAAUUAUCAAGGAUGCCGCUAAAUCCGCUGCAGCUCAGGCCAUCGUCGAAGGUGGAAAGGCUGCAUGGCACAAGGUUUUCGGCCAAGAAGCUGAAUCAAACUCAUGGCUCCCACGUUACCCACAUUAUCCACAUUAUCCAAUCUGGAAAACUUACUGA